ACAACCCCAACCCCAACGCCUUCCUCCUGCCCCCCCCCCUAGUGGAUGUCAACAUUUAGAUACUUGUGUACUCAUUUAAAAGCAGUGGCUAGUUGUCUCGCCCUCUGGCCUCAAUUAAUUCUUCACAGAGUUUCACUUAAGCAGCAGAAAUACACUCUAUAAAUUUUAAUCCUUCUAUAUCAUUGCAAUGGCGAAAUUAAGCGACUUGCCUAGCGAACUAGUCUACCGAAUAAUAGAUUAUAUCCUUGUUCGCGAUGACCAGGUUCCUGAUGACUGGCAGGGCCAGCCCAUCGAUGCCGAUCACCACCAUCUACUCGACCACAACGGAAUCGGGCCAAUCAAACCAAAACCGAGGCCUCAUCUAGAGCGAUUUAGUCGCAAUCCUACCCCUCGGACUCUUCCUCGUCACUUUCGAGCUGCUGCAACUUCACAGCCAAACGCUUCGUGGCCGGGCGCUAUUCCAUCCAAUCCGCUUCUGCCACUUUCACUGGUCAACCGUACUUUCCGAAGAUGUGCCCAAGAGUUACUGUUCAAGAAUGUACCUGUAUUGAGUAGGUGGAGGGCGAUCUCAUUCCUUCAGACACUUACAUGGCACGCGAUACAGAAUCCAUCGACUCCUGCAGGUGGAUGGUUCAAUCGCAAACAAAAGAAGAAUGCCCAGGAUAACAACGUCUGGAUGGUCCGAUGGUUCGACAUUGAUUAUUCUCGCCUGAGCAGUUUAGCACGCCAUGUCCGCUCCUUACAGCUUGUAUGUGAGGGACUCUGUUCGGUGGUAAAGGGUAGCGGCCAUUUGUUCUGUGGGAUCAUUCGGAGCUGUCCAUUGCUCACGAAUAUCGCCAUCAGUACCGCGGUCUCGAUGGACUGUAAGGAUUAUAUGUUGGAGGCCCUGUCGAGUCGACCACUGAUCAAAGAGUUCGUUAUCCUCGAGAACUUGGAUCACAGUCGAUCGAUAUUUCAGUGGAACGUCGACGAUGUCGUUGGUCGACUAUUCUCGCAAUGGGACCACCUUGAGACGGUAGAGUUGAGUGGGCUCAGGGGUCCGUCGGGCCAGCUGAUGGGGAGCGCUCAGAGGCCAAUACCCAUUCUGAAUUGUGAUGUGCUAACGCUGAUCCUUCGGAACCCGGAGUUGGACGAACAAGAGCUGUCGAGGUUUCUGAAGUGCUUUCGGCAUAGCAUGCGGACGCUCGAGAUUAGCAAUCCAGGCGGAGGGAUCGAUGUGGAAGGCUUUGGUCGGAUCCUUCAAGGGUCUACGAAUCCGGACCUGGAGUGCUUAAAGGUUGAGAAUGACUGGCGCUUGGACGACUCGGAGUCCAUAGUCUCAUCCGCCGUGGGCGAUGUCGAUCACGAUAUCCCUCAUUCCAACAAAAGCCUGUUAGAUGGCGUCUUUGAGUCUCCCUCCGCACUCAGGAGACUUAAAUCCUUAUCCUUCAAUUGCGACACCGCAACAAACAAGCUCUUCCAGUGCUUACCGGAUUCGAUUGUUAAGCUUGCCUGGGAGGACUGUGACAUAUCUCUCACUGCCUUCGCUGAAGUCCUUUCGAGCUCAACACUGGACAAACCUGUGUUGCCUAAUCUGAAGUGUUGCUCGGUUCGCCACCGUUGGGGAUUGAGCCCAGAGGAAUUCCGAAACGCCCAGGCAGCGUUAGAAAUCCGCGAUGCAUGUUUCCACAGCGAUUUCACUUUGGAAGAUGGCUCACCUGCCUGA